CCAUGCCAUCUCUAUUCCUAUUGCUGCUAAAACCCAGAAGAAGCCCCUGUUAUACCAGCCUGAUUAUCUAAAUGAAGAGGAACGUCUUACUCCCACUGGGGGGAAGAAGAUCAGCAAUCGCAUUGCGGACAUACUCGUCACUCUGCGAUCGACUGCAUCGCGAAUUAACAUCACGGAUACUGCCUUUGAACUUUGAUUAUCUACAUACCCAGCCUUCCCAUCUCCUGAGCUUGACAUUAGCUGACCUUCUUCCGGGGACUCUUGUAUCGUCGUGUGUUCAUACGGCUCUCCCCUCAGUCACCCGUGCAUUUCGUAUGCCGGCUGGCCAUCAUUUGGCUUAUUUUCCUCCGCAGGUUACGCUAUCACAGUUACUACCAGAUGGCACUGAUGUCUUACAUAGUCCCGGUGGACCUUUUGAGAGGCGUCUAUGGGCUGGUGGAAGUGUCAGAUUUCCUGUCACAAGAGGUCUGAUUCUCAACGGCGCCCGAGCUGUCUGUAUCGAAACAAUUCGUGACGUGAUGGUCAAAGGACGUGAAGGGGCAGAGAAAGUGAUGGUUAAAAUAGAGAGGCGAAUGGCCGUGGUACAGGAGGGGGAAGAGGAGGGCAGUAUCAGAGAGCGGAUAUGGAAGGAUACCGAAGACGAAAUUGGGCAUGCUGCGGUCAUUGAAAGUAGGAAUCUGGUUUUUAUGCGGAAAAAAACACAAGGUGAACUGAAUUAUGACAAGAUGAAUUUUGAUACCUGUCAGAGAGUUAUAAAACCACCUCCUAGCCCCGAAUAUCGCCUUAAAGUCAAGCCGACAAAAUCAUUACUGUUUCGCUUCUCUGCUCUCACAUUCAAUGCUCAUUCCAUUCACCUGGACGAGGCUUAUACUCGGAAUGUAGAAGGUUUCCGGAACCUUCUUGUGCAUGGACCGUUGACUCUGACACUGUUGCUCACUGUCCUUGAAGCACAUCUCGCCAAAUCAGACCAAAUCAUCACAGCAUUUGACUAUCGAAAUGUGGCUCCUCUUUAUGUUGAUGAGCCUCUAACCAUUUGUGGCAAGCCAAAGUCUGGAAAGGACGAUGUAUGGGAUCUAUGGAUUGAAGGAAAGAACGGAGGCCUGGCAGUACGCGGUACUGCGUUUACAGGCCCAGGGUAGGGAAUGGGCUUCGCGUCUUUGGAUCACCACUAGCACUCUGCCGAUAUAAAGCUUCUCGGCACAAGCUAACGUGCAGCCCAUUGGGUAAGGCAUUAUAUAUUCAUGUUUCCAGCAGAUGUAAAACCGCGAGAUGGAGCAAAGCGCUGGUAUAGAAGUUCGGCCGUCAUGCUAUGACCUUAAUUACUUCCACAACUAUGCAGCUCAAACCAUUUAUUCAUCGUCAAAUUAUUUAUAGAAGCUAUGGGAAGUCA